AUGUCAGAAUCAAACCAGCACUUUCUCCUCGAGAAUGUCUUCAGUGUGAAGGGCAAGGUUGCCCUUGUCACAGGAGGUGGUUCUGGAAUUGGUCUUAUGGCUACACAGGCGCUGGCCGUCAAUGGGGCUAAAGUCUAUAUCGUCGGACGUACACAAGACAAGCUCGAUGCCGCCAUUUCCGCACACGGCAAGGACAUCGCGGGCCAGAUCAUUGGUAUCACCGCAGACAUUAGCUCAAAAGACGAAAUUGCUCGUCUUGUAAAGGAGAUCGAGUCGAAAGAAGACCACCUAGAUAUCCUGAUCAACAACGCUGGUAUCUCGGGAAACACACAGCAAACCGAGAGCAAGUCUGCGGAGGAGAUGAAGAAGAACCUCUUCGAUGACGAAAGCAGCACAUUGGACGACUGGAACAACACAUACAGAACAAACGUCCCACCAUUGUUCUUCGUCAGUGCAGCAUUCCUACCAAUGCUCGCGAAAGCUACCGAGAAACAAUACGGCUGGUCCGGAACCAUCAUCAACAUCACCUCCAUCUCCGGCAUCGUCCAGAGCUCCCAACACCACUUCGGCUACAAUGCAUCCAAGGCAGCAGCCAUCCACCUCACCAAGAUGCUAGCAUAUGAAAUCGCUACGAACGAGAUCAAGAUUCGUGUCAACAGUAUUGCUCCAGGAGUGUUCCCUAGCGAGAUGACUGCGAAUGAGAGUGGACCUGAUCAGAAGAGUGAGAUCGAGAAGGAGAAGUAUGCGAAGGUGCCAGCGAAAAGACCAGGUCAUGAUAGGGAUAUGGCUGGUGCGGUACUCUUUGCGGCGACCAAUCAGUACUUGAAUGGACAGACCGUUGCUGUGGAUGGCGGUUAUAUCCUCUCUGUUGGUGCUUAA